GGCCGCUGAGGGGGGCGCGUCUCUUCCGGGAGGUGCCGCGGGCCUUGAGCGCCCGCCCGGGCCUUGUUCGCGGCCCCUGCCCCGCUCCCGGCCCCGCCAUGCAGCCCCCGGCCCGCGAGCAGGACGCCCGCACCAAGAGCAUGUUCGUGUCGCGGGCCCUGGAGAAGAUCCUGGCGGAGAAGGAGGCGAAGCGGCCGCCGCACGGGCAGCUGCGGAGAGCCUGCCAGGUGGCGCUGGAUGAAAUAAAGAGUGAGCUGGAAAAGCAAAGAGAAGGCACCGCUGCUCCACCGAAAGCAAAUUUCAUCGAAGCAGAUAAAUACUUCCUUCCGUUUGAGCUGGCCUGCCAGUCAAAGUCUCCACGCAUUGUCAGUACUUCCCUGGAUUGUUUGCAGAAACUCAUUGCAUAUGGACACAUCACUGGCAACGCUCCAGACAGCGGAGCUCCCGGAAAACGGCUGAUUGACCGGAUAGUUGAAACCAUUUGCAACUGCUUUCAGGGUCCUCAAACAGAUGAAGGAGUACAGCUGCAGAUAAUUAAGGCUCUCCUCACUGCAGUAACAUCUCCAUAUAUAGAAAUUCAUGAAGGAACAAUUCUCCAGACUGUUAGAACCUGCUACAACAUCUAUCUGGCCAGUAAAAAUCUUAUUAACCAGACAACUGCCAAAGCUACCCUGACACAGAUGUUAAAUGUCAUUUUUACACGCAUGGAAAACCAAGCUGUCCAGGAGUCCAGGGAAGCAGAGAGGGCGGCUCAGCAGAAGGUGCAGUCCCCGGCGGUGCCGGCAGGGUCCCGGUCCCCGGGGCAGGGGCAGCUCAGCUCCCGGGGAGCCAGAGCCGCGGGCCCCGCUGCGGGAAUGGCCAACGGGGAGCCUGAGGGGCCGUCAGACCGGGACCGCGCCCCAACAGCACCAGAGGAAACAACUGAUGGAGGAAAAGAAAUGGUUAAAGGCAUCUUGGAAGAUGUGGUCAAGUCAGCUGUGAAAGUGGCUGAAGAAAAGCAGGUAACAGAACCAGUCAGGGCUCUGCCUGCACUGGAGACUGCAGAUACUGUUCUUUCUGGCUCUAGCAAUGAAACCGUGCAAACAAACGGGAUUUCAGAUGAUGGGCAGUCUGUUUCCUCCACUGAUAAUCUGGAAACAGAUGUAUCUGGACAUCAAGCUGCUGCCAGAUUCUCCCAUGUUCUACAAAAGGAUGCCUUCCUUGUGUUCAGGUCGUUGUGCAAGCUCUCCAUGAAACCGCUCGGGGAUGGACCACCAGAUCCCAAAUCCCAUGAGUUGCGCUCCAAGGUCGUGUCUCUGCAGCUGCUCCUGUCGGUGCUGCAGAAUGCGGGUCCAGUUUUCAGGACACACGAAAUGUUCAUCAAUGCAAUCAAGCAAUAUCUUUGUGUAGCAUUAUCUAAAAAUGGAGUCUCUUCUGUUCCUGAUGUAUUUGAGCUCUCUCUUGCCAUCUUUCUCACGCUGCUUUCGAAUUUUAAGACCCAUUUAAAAAUGCAGAUUGAGGUGUUCUUCAAAGAGAUCUUCCUGAAUAUUCUAGAGACUUCUUCGAGUUCCUUUGAACACAAAUGGAUGGUGAUUCAGACUUUAACUAGAAUUUGCGCAGAUGCCCAGUGUGUAGUGGAUAUUUAUGUGAACUAUGACUGUGAUUUAAACGCUGCUAAUAUUUUUGAGCGCCUGGUGAAUGAUUUGUCCAAAAUUGCGCAGGGACGAAGUGGGCAUGAGUUGGGCAUGACGCCUUUACAGGAGCUAAGCCUGAGGAAAAAAGGACUCGAAUGUUUGGUUUCCAUUUUGAAAUGUAUGGUAGAAUGGAGCAAAGACCUUUAUGUGAACCCCAAUCAUCAAACUGGCUUGGGUUCAUACAAACCAUCUGAACAGGAAAUGGCUGAAGGUAAAUGCCUGGAGAGUGGAGGGAGACGGAGUAGUGUCAGUUCCUUGGACUCCACUGUGUCAUCAGGAGUUGGAAGUGUUGGUACUCAGACUGCUGUCCCAGAUGACCCGGAGCAAUUUGAAGUCAUCAAGCAACAAAAGGAAAUAAUUGAACAUGGGAUAGAACUGUUUAAUAAAAAACCGAAGAGGGGAAUACAGUAUCUACAGGAGCAGGGAAUGCUUGGCACUACAGCUGAGGACCUGGCACAAUUCUUGCACCAAGAGGAACGCCUCUGUUCUACUCAAGUAGGGGAAUUUCUUGGGGAAAGCAACAAGUUUAACAAGGAGGUGAUGUAUGCCUAUGUAGACCAGCUUGAUUUCUGUGGAAAAGACUUUGUCUCUGCUCUGCGGAUAUUCCUGGAAGGUUUUCGUCUGCCGGGUGAAGCCCAGAAGAUCGACAGAUUAAUGGAGAAGUUUGCUGCUAGAUACAUUGAGUGCAACCAACGGCAAACACUAUUUGCUAGUGCUGACACUGCCUAUGUUUUGGCAUACUCCAUUAUAAUGCUGACUACAGACUUGCACAGUCCACAGGUAAAAAAUAAAAUGACAAAGGAGCAAUACAUUAAAAUGAAUCGAGGAAUCAAUGACAGUAAAGACCUGCCAGUAGAGUAUUUAUCCACAAUCUAUGAAGAAAUAGAAGGAAAGAAAAUCGCCAUGAAAGAGACAAAAGAAUACGCAAUUACAACCAAGUGUAGUAAACCAAGUGUGGCCAAUGAGAAGCAGCGGAGGUUGUUGUACAACUUGGAGAUGGAGCAGAUGGCGAAGACGGCCAAGGCCCUGAUGGAGGCGGUGAGCCACGCCAAGGCCCCCUUCACCAGCGCCACCCACCUGGACCACGUCAGGCCCAUGUUCAAACUCGUCUGGACUCCAUUGCUGGCAGCUUACAGUGUUGGCUUGCAGAACUGUGAUGACACAGAGGUUGCAUCUCUGUGUUUGGAAGGAAUACGCUGUGCCAUUAGGAUAGCCUGUAUCUUUGGAAUGCAGCUUGAACGAGAUGCUUACGUACAGGCCCUUGCUCGAUUUUCCUUGUUGACUGCCAGUUCCAGCAUUACAGAAAUGAAACAGAAGAACAUUGAUACCAUUAAGACACUCAUUACAGUUGCUCACACAGAUGGCAACUAUCUCGGGAAUUCUUGGCAUGAGAUCUUGAAAUGUAUUAGCCAGCUGGAACUGGCCCAGCUCAUAGGAACUGGCGUGAAAACUCGGUAUUUGUCUGGCUCUGGGCGUGAGAGGGAAGGCAGCAUUAAGGGCUAUGCCUCUGCAGGGGAGGAGUUUAUGGGCCUGGGAUUAGGGAACCUGGUUGGGAGUGGGGCUGAUAAACGGCACAUGGCGAGCAUCCAGGAGUCCGUGGGGGAGACCAGCUCCCAGAGCGUGGUGGUGGCAGUGGACAGGAUAUUUACAGGCUCGACUCGGCUGGAUGGGAAUGCCAUAGUUGACUUUGUGCGGUGGCUCUGUGCCGUGUCCAUGGACGAACUGGCUUCCCCGCACCACCCUCGCAUGUUCAGCCUGCAGAAGAUCGUGGAGAUCUCCUAUUACAACAUGAACCGCAUCAGGCUGCAGUGGUCCAGGAUCUGGCACGUGAUUGGAGAUCACUUCAAUAAGGUUGGGUGUAACCCUAAUGAAGAUGUCGCCAUCUUUGCCGUAGACUCAUUAAGGCAGCUGUCAAUGAAGUUUCUUGAGAAGGGAGAGUUGGCCAACUUCCGCUUCCAGAAAGACUUCCUAAGGCCUUUUGAGCAUAUUAUGAAGAAAAACAGAUCUCCGACUAUUCGGGACAUGGUGAUACGCUGCAUUGCUCAGAUGGUGAACUCUCAAGCUGGUAACAUUCGUUCAGGCUGGAAAAAUAUCUUUGCAGUCUUUCAUCAAGCGGCAUCAGACCACGAUGGGAAUAUCGUGGAGCUGGCCUUCCAGACUACAGCACACAUAGUUACAAAUAUUUUCCAGCAGCAUUUUCCAGCUGCAAUUGACUCAUUUCAGGAUGCAGUAAAAUGCCUCUCUGAGUUUGCCUGUAACGUUGCCUUCCCGGACACCAGCAUGGAGGCCAUCAGGCUUAUUCGCUACUGUGCAAAAUAUGUCUCGGAGAGACCACAGGUUUUAAGAGAAUACACAAGCGAUGACAUGAAUGUGGCUCCCGGGGACAGAGUAUGGGUCAGAGGAUGGUUUCCCAUUUUAUUUGAACUUUCUUGUAUCAUCAAUCGUUGCAAAUUAGAUGUUCGGACAAGAGGCUUAACAGUGAUGUUUGAAAUCAUGAAGAGUUACGGGCAUACCUUUGAAAAGCACUGGUGGCAAGAUCUGUUCAGAAUUGUGUUUCGGAUUUUUGAUAAUAUGAAACUCCCUGAACAACAAACAGAGAAAUCCGAGUGGAUGACCACGACGUGCAACCACGCGCUCUACGCCAUCUGCGACGUGUUCACCCAGUUCUACGAGGCUUUGCACGAGAUCCUUCUUCCUGACAUACUGACACAGCUACACUGGUGUGUAAAACAAGAGAAUGAGCAGUUGGCGCGAUCCGGUACAAACUGCCUGGAAAACCUGGUAAUACUCAAUGGACAGAAAUUCAGCCCUGAAGUCUGGGGCCAGACGUGCAACUGUAUGCUAGAAAUCUUCAAAACAACUAUUCCUCAUGUCUUGCUGACAUGGAGGCCUGUGGGAAUGGAGGAAGAUUCAGCUGAAAAACACUUGGAUUUGGACCUAGAUCAUCAGUCUUUAAGCAGCAUGGAUAAAAAUGCUUCUGAAAGAGGACAAAGUCAAUAUUCAAAUCCAACAGAUGAGAGCUGGAAAGGUGGUCCUUAUACAAACCAGAAACUGUUUGCCGGCCUCCUUAUCAAGUGUGUGGUGCAGCUGGAGUUGAUACAGACCAUUGAUAACAUAGUGUUCUAUCCAGCAACAAGCAAGAAGGAGGAUGCUGAGCACAUGGCUGCAGCUCAGCGAGACGCGCUGGAUGCAGAUAUCCACAUUGACACAGAGGACCAAGGAAUGUACAAACACAUGUCUUCUCAUCACCUCUUUAAGUUACUGGAUUGUCUGCAAGAGUCUCAUUCAUUUUCAAAAGCCUUUAACUCAAAUUAUGAGCAGAGAACUGUGUUGUGGAGAGCAGGGUUCAAGGGUAAAUCAAAACCCAAUCUCUUAAAACAAGAGACCAGCAGCUUGGCGUGCUGCCUGAGGAUCCUGUUCCGGAUGUACGUGGAUGAGAGCCGGCGGGACUCCUGGGAUGCGGUUCAGCAGCGACUGCUCAGUGUGUGCAGUGAAGCCCUGGCAUAUUUUAUUACUGUCAACUCAGAAAGCCACAGGGAAGCCUGGACCAAUCUCCUGCUGUUGCUCUUAACAAAAACACUAAAAAUCAGUGAUGACAAGUUCCGGGCGCACGCGGCCACCUACUACCCGUACCUGUGCGAGCUCAUGCAGUUCGACCUGAUCCCCGAGCUCCGUGCCGUGCUCAGGAAGUUCUUCCUGCGCAUCGGGGUCGUCUUCAACAUCUGCGUGACGGAGGAGCGGGGACGGACAGCGGGCGGGGGCUCACCCUCCUGGUAGCCCGGAGCGGGGCUGCAGCUCCGGCCUGUACAUAAAGCUGCGCUCCAGAGAUGGAUUGAAGCGGACGGGGAAAAAAUGGGAGCCUGGCGUAUCCCCACGGCAGCAAAGUUACUCUUACCACAGUGGCAUUUGGGGACGAGGAAAAUAAUCCUGUUCUGUCCAUCCUACAAAGCUGUCAGCAGUUUUAUUUAAAUGAUUGCUUACAGAGUCAAUACAGUAGGUGUGCGGUCUCUUUGUUUCAAUGCUCGUCAUCUUCACGAUCCGGUCUCUCUCUUCCAGUCUUUUAUCCACUGCUCGGCCCUGCAUCCCAGCUAGAGCUGAUAAAUCAGCUGGAUCUCUCCACUGAAAUUAUGCCCCUUGGAAGUAAUGACUGUAGUUGUGUAGCCUUGUGAUGUUGGCUCAUGUGUUCAUACUAAACUUGACUGCAAUGGCCAAGGACCAUCUGAGACCCCUCUGGGCAUUCCUCUGUGGCCAGGACCAGGCCAGGUUGGGUGUUGAAGUGGACAACCUGUAGGAUAUUUGGAGAGAGGGUUUUCCUCCUGUUUAGCAAGUAAUUUAAAAAAAACUUCUUUUAAUAUCAGUACUGUAUCUUCUGAGACUUAUUUUUGGUUUUACGGAAGAUUUUACAUCAGGAGCAUCAAUAGCAUCUACUCCCUUUAGCUUGUUAGGCUUGACUUGAAGGCAGUUAAAAAAAAAAUGAAAAAGCUUUCCAUUUCCUUUCAUACAUUGCCAGAUCAUGGACAGAGCAUACAGAGGAACAUCAAAAACAAAGCUCAGAACAAAUAAACCCACCCUUUUGACCCUUGAGUACAAUGUAUUUAGCAGCAAUUGUGACUGUUUAGCAAAAAGUCCCGUCCUUAAUACAAGUUGGUCUCCAUUUACUGCAGAUCUGCAAUGUCUGAUUUGUUGUUUUGUGCAAAUGAUUUCUGUUCUCAGCUGUUAGUUCCUAUUGGGAUCUAGAAAAAAAAAGGAAUUCCCAAAAACUCCAGCAAAAUUAACUGAGUUCAUCCAUGCACUCUGAGAGUUGCUGGGCUCUGAAGGUACCUGUGAAGCGAACGUGACGUGACACCACAGCUUUACCCUGGAGAGUUUUCUUUCUUUCCUUGAACAGCAUCAGGUUUCUGUGACAAUGUGUCCAUGACAGAAUACCAGCUUGUCCUGUGAAAUAAUUUCAAAUUUCAGGUUUUAAGUCUUCUCUAAACUGGGAAAGUGUGGCAGGGUGGGAGAAAAGGCUCCACUUCCUAAAAUAAUGCAAAGUGUUACAUUAACUGCUGUGCUAUCCAGAGUAGCAAACUUAAAAUAUAACAGUAUUUAAAGGAAAAACAAACAAACAAUAACAACCUACCUACUUGAAUGGUCCUAACCUGUUAUUCUGCUUUUUCAGUUGAGUUUCCUGGUAGGAUGGCCUGAGUUGAGGUUGUCUUGGGAUACUCCACUCUGAGCUGCUGGGAAUUUGCUGUCUUUGUUGUUUUCUUUUUUGUUUGGUUGGGUUUUUGUUUGCUUUGGUUUUUGGUUUUGUUGGUUUGUUGUUUGGUUUUGUUUGUUUGGGUUUUUUUGUGAGCUAUUUCCAAAGGGUUCCUAUGGUGCUCCUCAGUUCAUCAGCUUGUCCUAUGUAAGCAUUGUUUGGGAAAGGUUUUGCAGUCAGUGGUAGUGACAAGGCUUUUGCAAUUUAUUUUUAAUUUUUAUUUUUAACCAAAGAAAAAUAAAUGGUGGUUGUGGCUCUUUGACUUUUAAACGCCCAUUAGGUUAAAUCUGUUAUUUAGUAGAAGGCAAUAUAUGGCUAUAUAUGACGAUAGCAAAAGACUGAAAAUAAGCAAUGCUGGUAUUUAACUUGUGUUUGAAAUGUCCUUUUGUGUUGCAUCUCAUGUAGCUGCUCAUUCCCUGGGAAUGUCAUUGCAUUGGUUACUGCAGAAAAUGAAGUAUUUAUUUGAAUUCUAUUUAAAUCUGUAAGAAUAUGCUGUUCCUUCCGUCCCGGUCCUAGGUAGUUGUAAAGAAAAUAUUGGAAUGGUUAUUUUUCAGAUGUGGAAUGUGUCACUGCCUCAUGGAAUGUAUUCCCUUGUGUCCCAUCGGGCACAAAACUGGCCCAGCUGCACCUUCCUCCGUGUGUCACAGGUUUCAAAGCCCUACAGUCAUGUCUUGAAACAAGUCUCAGUUUUGAGAUCCUAAAUGACUUCACACUCGCUUCGUGGGCUUUCUUUACUCUAAGGGGCAGCAUUUGCACUCUCUGCAUGUAGGAUAAGGAUGUUUAAUCCAUCCUUCCUUUCAGCCUUUGGUCUGAGGCUGUUCUUUUCCUAAGAAAAGCUUUUGUUGCAUUUCCACCUGUUACAAACUGCUCAAGUGUGGGGUCUGUGACAUCCAGCCCUCCCAGACUCCGCAGCGCGUCAGGGAGGGGACUGGGAUGCAAUGGGAUGGUCAGAGCCUUAAUCCUGUCCCAUGUCUGGGGUCGCUGUCCCUGUCGGAGCACCGAGCAGGGGGUGUGCAGGUUGUGUCCACGGCACUCGUUGGUUUUCCUCAGGAACCCCCAGCCCCUCCCGCAGCGCUCCCGGCGUGUUCCCUCUCCCCGCCUGUGCUGCCACGCGGGUUUGUUGGCUCCGGUGGGACUGUGCAAUACCCGGGCUGAGAACGGCACCUCUGGGACUGGGGGUGCUCCAAGGGUUCUGUAACUGCUCUACUGCAGAGACUCCCCGUCGUUGCUGUUCUGUCUCAUUCCAGACCCCCUCGGGAGGGAGCGGGGGAGGAUUUAACGAGGGAAACCCUGAAACUCCCUUUUCAUGGUGAUUGGAAACGCCCCUCGUGUUGAUUCUGUUGUCUUACAGACCAGGAAAAAGUGGUUUUUACGGCAGUUUGUUAUCCACGUCUCCUGUCUCACUUUCCAAACUGUAAACAGAGCAAUCUCAAUGUCCACUACAGCCCACACAGCCCAGAUUUUAGCUGGCUUACUAUUCAGAAGGAGAAAGAAUAAAAAUAGUAACUCUAUCAAAAGUGCAGUUCCCUUUAAUCUGUAAAUUCAGUUUGUCCAGCACCUUUAUUUGUGUAAAAUGUAUGUUUUCACAUAUUUAAAAUGCCUAAGUUUUUUUUAAUAUCUCCAUAUUAAGUGCAUUUACUAUCAAUAAUUUAAAGAAGAGCAUUUCUUGCCAAUGGAUGUAUAGAGUUUUGACAGAAUACCAAAAUUAUAUAAUAUGAAAACCUAUGUAAAGUUUUCUACAUGAAAAUACGAUGUAUAGUAGUUAUAAUAUUCCAUGCUUUAAUCAAGUGAUAAAUCAAUAAAGUUUUACGAAGCGUU